AUGAAGUUUCAGAAGAUUUCCAUCGUUGCGGUCAUCGCCUAUUUGGUCGAGGGUACCUUAGUUGCUGCCCAAGACUCUCUCACAACACUCUCCUCAGCUGUAGAACCUCCUCCCAGGACGGUGAACGGAGAAUACGGAUGCUACACUGACUUUGGGCCGACAUCCCGUGAUGUUCAAACAUUCUCUAGAGUCUACUACAUCACCCAACCCAUCACACGCCCUUACUACAUCCCCGCUCCAACUACCACCAUAACGGUGACGCCGACUGCCCUGCCCCCUUCAAUCCUGCCAGCCACAAAUACAAUUACAUGCAUGACGACUAUCACCACUACCACCCGCAUUACAUCCUUCGUGGAACAAACAGUACAGACUCCCAGCGGAUUUACGCCUCUCGCUUCUGCCAUCUACAGACCGAACGGCGGCUUCCUCAAUGCGGCGAACGCCAAACAGCCUGAGAACAACGCGGCGGAUAUUCAGCAGCAAUCAUUGAAGCUCCGUAUCGAAAGCCAAAAUGCCGUGGUUGCCCAGCCCCAACUAUACCCCCAGCGGGUUGUCUGCGAGCGUGUUGUACACGUCUACACGACGACGACGCAAACAUACACCAUGACCGGAGUUCACACUUCAACUGUGACCGCCCCAGCGCCCACACAUAGCAAUCCAGUGUUCCCGGUGCAGUACACUACCACGAUUACCACGACUACCACUAGCACCAUUACAGACGUGGCUCCCAACCCGACUUACACGGCCUACGAGGCCUGCCAGUCAAAUAACCUCGUCUCGCAGGUGACUAGGGGCCGCCGACCGAUUAUCGAGGCCGAAAACGGUUUCGGUGUCACGCAAGAGCAGCACUUUGAGAGUAGUGCGUACAACUGCUGCGUUGCGUGCCAGAGGGAGAACGAGUGCACGGGAAGUUUGUUCUACGCCAACACCUGCUAUACCUUCAGGGGGUGGCAGGACACUUGCAUGUCUCCGGGAGAGCUGCGCUGGAGUCGCCGGGCUACAUUUGGCGGAUCCUUCACAGCCAGCAACGGAAAAUGUGGCUCAUGGGGGCUUUCGAGGACUCCUCCUUCCACGGAAUCCGACUUUUAG